AUGAGCGACUACGUACCUGAAGCUGCUGACACACUCGCCGUGGCUCUGCCCCAGCCGACGUCGGUGGAUGACACGACGGCCAUGAUCUCUGACGAGGCCCAGGUGCAACAGAAGCAGCACGAAGAUGCCCCGGCCAAUGAGAAGAUGGAUGAAGAUGACAAGGAGAACGUGGUACCAACGUCCACCAACCUCGUGGCGUCGCCCAGUGGGCCGGGCACGCCCACCAAGCGCAAGCACAAGUCGGGCCGCAUCGGCAAGCGCGAGCUGCUGCAGGUGGCCUCGCCCAAGGCCCGCUGGCUGCCGCGCGUUCAGGAGAAGCGCCGCGGUCGCUCCAUCAAUCGCUUCGAAUUCGAGGAGAAGGAAGUCCAGCCCCUAUGGGAGGGCGAGGGACGCAAGCUGGAGGACAGCGAGCUGGUGGUGGACAACAUCAAGUUCUUCUCCCGCAAUGACACCUUCCUCAAGCAGGUCCACCAGAUCUUCUACAACCGCGCCUGCAAGGCCAACGAGGUCAAGGCCAACCUCAUCGCCUUCUCCGGCCUGCCCGAUUAUUACCAGGGCAAGGCGCAGGAGAAGCUGGAGGCGAAGAGCGUGUCGUUCCUGAAGCUGCUGGCCGACGUGCUGGGCGUGGCCCACGGCGAAGACGGGAAGAAGAAGACCCUCGUGGCCGACCUGGUGGCCUUCCUGGCCGCGCCCCGCAAGGUGCGCCGCGGCGUCAACCUCGCCGACAAGGCCGAGGCCCUCAAGGAGCAGCGCCGCGUCGCCAAAGAAAAGAAAGAGAAGAAGGCCAAGCGGACGAGCACGGGUGGCAAGGACAAGACGAAGAACAAGAAGAAGAAGGACGGGACGAAGAAGAAGCCGAAGGCGAAGGCGAGCGACUUCUAUUCGGACAUUGAGAGCGAUGACGACGAGGACGACGAGGACAUGGACGAGCUAUACAAGUGGGACAAGAAGACCCAGGCCAGGAACGAGGCGGAGGCCAAGCAAACGCUGGACCGCAUCGCCGAGCGCGAGGCGGCCGAGCUGCAGAAGAAGCUCGACAAGAAGAAGAACAAGAAGAACAAGCGAAAGGCCAGCGAUGAAGAUGAAGAGAGCGAUGAUGAGAGCGAAGACGAAAGCGAAGACGAGAAGGCGAAGGCCAAGAGGAAGAAGGAGAAGAAGCGGAAGGAGGCGGAGAAGAAGAGGAAGGCGGAGAAGGAAAAGGAGAAGAGGAGGAGGAGGAAGGCGGAAGAGGAGGAGGAAGAGAGGAAGAAGCGGAAGAUCGUGAAGGCCAAGCGGAAGCACGAAGAGCGCGCUAAGGCCGCCAAGGAGAGCGAUGACGAAGAGGAGGAGAAGAAGGCGCCCAAGUCAACCAAGCGAAGCCGCGCGGAGGUGUCCGAUGAUGACGGGGAGGAGAACGCCGUGGUAGUGACUGCUGAUGCCGCUGACGAGGAGGCCGCCAAGGCUCAGGCCCAGCAGGAGGGCUCCAGCCGCAAGCGCCGCAAGAUCGCCGUCGCCUCGGACGACGAAGACGGCGACGACAACGACGAAGCCGCCGCCGAGGUCGCAGCCGAACCUGCCGCCGACAGUGAGACUAACAAGAUGCAGAUCGAGGAGAAGAAGGUCGUCGAGGAGGAGGAGGAGGAGGUGAAGAAGGUGGAGGUGGAGAGCGAGGAGGAGAAGGAGCGGAGGGAGAAGACGGAGAAGACGCAGGAGGCGAUCAAGGAGACGCUGCGGCGCUACUUGAAGGAGCAGCUCACGGUGGAGGAGGCCCGGCUGCAGACCCCCAAGCUGCUGCGGCUGCACGUCGAGGCCGCCCUGGGCCACAGCGUUGAGGAGCACUCGACCUUCAUCCUCCAGUGCGUGCGUCAGCUCUUCUCCACCACCGCCUGA